GUGACACAGCAGCCGCACCUACCCGGGAUGUUCGCUCUCACUCUCCGUGAUCUCCUCUACGUAAGGUAGAUCACCCGCAUCGCUCACCGACACUUCCUGCCUUCUCACCUGACAUGCAGGAGCUGAUGGCCUACCUCCAGGAUCCGGAGCUUGUGGCCCGGUUCCAGAGAAAAUGCGGGCUGUACCUAGUCGAAGGGUCGAAUCCGGGCCCCGGCAGGAGCCGAUCUGCGAACGGAGCCCCUAUCACCCAGGAGAAACCACGUGGGCAGCUGCAGGGAAGCUGGGACCGGCAAGACAGCAACUCAAACUAUGAAUACAAGGACUGCAAAAAGCCUCAGUAUGAGGUAAGAAACCGGCUGCUCCACUUCCUCUUCCUGUUCUCGGCUGCUCUAGGUCAUGAAGUGUUUUACAUCACCUGCUUGCCCUGCAUACACUGGAAUCUGGACCCGUUCCUCUGCCGCCGCCUUGUCAACAUGUGGACCUUGGUGAUGUACGUUGGCCAGGUGAUGAAGGACCUGCUGAAGCUUCCUCGCCCGCCCUCGCCGCCUGUGGUCAAGCUUGAGACGCGCGUGGACGCGGAGUACGGACUGCCGUCCACCCACGCGAUGGCCGCCACUGCCAUCUCCUUCACACUUUUACUGAGUGCUCCCUCCAGAGUACAGUUCUGCUUCCAGACAGGCCUGCUGAUCGCUGCGACGUUCUCGUCUCUGGUGUCUCUGAGCCGACUCUACACUGGCAUGCACUCAGUUCUGGAUGUGGUUUGUGGCAUUUUGAUCACUGUCGUCCUGAUUCUGCUCACCUACCCUUUCUGGGAAUCCUUCGACAGCUUCCAGCUGACCAGCCCACUGUCCCCCAUCAUCGCUCUGUCACUGCUGCUCUUCCUAAGCUACACAUACCCAGAGCUGGACCAUUACACCACCACACGAGGAGACACCACCACCAUUCUCGGCGCGUGCGCUGGUUGCUCAGUUGGAUACUGGGCCAACGUGCAGCUGGGUGACACUUUUGAGCCCCGGGGGCCGUUACCUGUUCCUCUACCCACAGUAACGGCGCUGUCUGUGGCCAGAGGGGCUGGACGAAGCCUGGUGGGAGUUGUUGCCCUGGUGGGAACUCGGCAGAUAGUGAAGAAACUGAGUUUGGAGGCGUUGUAUUCUUGGUACAAUGCUCCGAAAACGGAUAAAAAUGCCAGGAGGAGGAAGGAAAUAGAAGUACCAUCCAAGUUUGUCACAUACACAGCUGUUGGACUGGUUAACUCUAUAUUGGUCAACAGAGUCUUUGCUCUGAUUGGACUUCUAUGAUCAUCUGGCAUCCAGUAAGACUGAUCUGUAAUUACCUAAACAAUGAACUUUAUAUUUAUCUUACUGUACAUUAUUGAGCUUUUAUAAACUGAAAAAGAAGUGAACGUGUGACUCCCCAGUGGAAAUGAUUUAUAUAAGACUGCAUACAAGACAUGUCGCUGAUGUAAAGCUUAGCUGUAAAUAAAAAAAGUUUGUCCACACACAAAUAAAGCUUUCAUGGUUCUAAAUUUGAUUGUUUGAAUCAAUGGUUAGAGAGUGCAGUUAUUUAUGUUUCAAACUGAACUGUAGCAACUUUACUUUACUUUAUAGCC